AUGAUGGAGCUGGCCAAAUCAGUUACUUUUCAUGACUUUGGCGAGGUCAGGAGCCGCCAUCCCUCGCCAGGGCAUGACGACCUCCGCGACCUCACCUGUUCCGAUGGCUCCACGAGCUCGUCGCACUCGCCGAUGUCGCGGACCUCGGAACAGUCGACCAAAAAGAAGACUAAUCGCCGAGGACUACCUUUGAAUGCGUCUUUCUCCUCCUGGCUUCAGAUAUUCCUGAAGAAGAAACGGAACGGUGGCUUGAACGAACGUUACAGUUCGUCACAGCAGUUCUCGUCUAUCCGACCGUCCGUCUCGUUAUGUAAGAAAUGAGUUAUUUUGAAGCCAUUUCUCUCAAACGUCAUAAUCACAUGGGAAUAGGGUUAAAUUUCAGAUGGUGGAGCACAGUAGACGUGUGGGAAUGCUAAGUCAUCUUUAUAUAGGGUUAAAAACAAUUUUAAGAGGGGAAGGAACGUCGUUCGAGGAUGAGUUACGGGCGAAAAAUCAAAACAGCUGGAGGUGAUUAAGCAGUAGAAGCUCCGCCAAUUAAAAACGUAUAACAUAGGCAGAGUAUAUAAAGGCGGAUCACUGUUAGUGCCCAUAAAAAAACCAUUUUUGAUUGAAAGCUUCAUAAAUUGGCAAGAUUAAGAGUAGAAUGCCUAUCACAGGGGCCAUAUUUCCAAAAAUAUGACACGCUAUACCUAAACACACAUUAAAUAUACCCGUUUUCAGCUGUCGUCCAUGAAACCUGUGCCCUGGGGUCAGAUGGCGAGAGUCUGGAAGUCUCGCCAUGUACCAGUGAUCAGAUGUCUACCUCCUCAUGCUACCCGAGUGGCAGCGAGGAGCGCUACAUCCCCAACGUGAAACUACGUCAGAAACCGACCCGUCUAUGGAGUGAGGUAGGUCUUAACGUUCUUUCGGCCACGAAACCAGAAAAAGAAAGGAAUUGCAUGCCAAGGAAGUGGUCUAAUGUCAAGUUCCAAAUUGAGUCCGACUUAAUGGCUUUGUUUCAGCAAGACAUUCAGAAGCGGCUCUCUCUGCCCGCCGACAUUCGAUUGCCGCAGGGUGUCAUCGACAAGCUCAACCGAACACCAACCCUGGAUAAUCCGUUGACGAGGAAGAGUCGUCGUGCUUCGCUGGUGAGUCAUUUGUAUUAUACUAGAUAUGUUUUACCAGACGGUCGUUUUGUCAAUCGACCGACUUCAUUUUUUCUAAACAGACAUUUCUGACUGUCUAUAUAGUAUUUAACAGUCUACUUACUACCCAUAGUUAUCGCGCAAUUUGUCUGUCGUUCGACCGUCGUUCUUUAUCACCGACCGGUUGCGGAACGGCGACACUGUAACUAUUGUGGUUGCAGCUAUCAAAUUCUACGGCUUGUUUUGCUUUCUUUUCAUGACUUUUACGACGAUAUAACUUUUACAUCAAAACAGAUGACAUCGUAAUCCUUUCAGAGCGAGAUUGGGUUCGGGAAACUCGAGACCUACAAGAAGAUCUUCGACUUGGGCGAAGGCACGUACGCCACGGUAUGGUUGGGGAAGAGCCUCCUGACCGGCAAGAGCGUAGCCAUGAAGGAGAUGAGACUGGAGCACGAGGAAGGAGCCCCUUGUACUGCAAUUCGAGAAGUCAGUUUGCUAAGAUCACUUAAACAUGCAAACGUGGUAACCCUACACGACAUUAUCUACACUGACCGUGUCCUCACACUGGUCUUCGAGUUCGUGGAACGAGACUUGAGGGAGUACAUGGAGGAAAUAGCACGUCUAAUCAGUAUUGACAACGUCAAACUCUUCUUGGUACAACUGCUCCGAGGACUGGCUUACUGUCAUCGUCGGAGGAUUCUUCAUCGUGACUUGAAGCCUCAGAAUCUCCUGAUUAAUCGACUGGGAGAGUUGAAGUUGGCGGAUUUUGGGCUGGCUCGUGCUCAGUCUAUACCCACAAAGACCUACUCGAACGAGGUCGUGACCUUGUGGUACCGUCCUCCCGACGUUCUUCUCGGUUCUACCGACUACACCACUCAUAUUGAUAUGUGGGGGGUCGGGUGUAUUCUGUACGAGAUGCUGCACCACAAGCCCAUGUUCCCUGGGCAGAGCAACGACGAACAAUUAAAACUCAUCUUCAACAUGCUGGGGACGCCGACGAUGGAUAGCUGUCCCGAACUCUGUCAGAUGCCGGGCUUCAAACAAGGAAACUUCAAGAAACAGAAGGCCAAGUCUUUGAUUCGUCACCCUCGAGUCGACGCCCAACGAGCAGACUUCUUGGAGAAGUGUCUCAAGGUGAGUGACAUCGUUGUCUACCUGCAUAUUUAGACAUUAUAUGUGUACGUACAUGUAUAUUAUGGUAUUUUAAGAGCUUUUCUGUUCGAAAGAGAUACAAAUGUUAAUCUUAACUAUUCAAGGCAUGUGAAGACAAUUGUUUUAAUCCUUCCGUAUUAACGUUCUCUUUCAGUACGAUGGCAAGAAACGUAUCUCGGCGUUGGACGCGAUGCACCAUCAGUUCUUGGACUGUUUCCCUCAUGCCAUCUUCUCCCUACCUGACACCGAGUCCGUGUUGUCGUUGCCUGGUGUUAAGUAUAUUCCUGACCCAAUCGCAUUGAAAACCACCCCUCAACGAUUACCCUCAUGA